AUGAAUGAGAAUAGCACCACCCCUACUGAAUUUGUGCUCCUUGGAAUUUCUCAAAGAACUGAUUUACAAGUUUUGUUCUUUGCUGUUUUCCUGAUAAUCUACAUUUUUAUCCUGAUGGGAAACAUGCUAGUUUUUGUGGCCACAAUAUCUAGCCAAGUUCUACACACUCCCAUGUAUUUUUUCCUUAGGCAUUUAUCUUUCUUGGAUGUCUGUUAUGUGUCUGUCACUCUGCCUCAAAUGCUUGUACACUUUAUAUCAAAGAAGAAGACUAUCUCAGUCUUGGGGUGUGCCAUGCAGAUGUUCUUUUACAUCUUCCUGGGAACUGCUGUGUGUUACCUUCUGACUGUAAUGGCAUAUGAUCGUUACUUGGCAAUUUGCCAUCCCUUGCAUUAUAUGAGACUCAUGACUAGGAGAACCUGUUUCCUCUUUGUCUCUGGGUGCUGGGUCACUGGAUUGUUUUUAUCAAUAUUGCAGACAUGGCUGAUAUUUUCUCUGCCCUUAUGUGGUUCUAAUACUAUCAAUCACUUCUUCUGUGAUAUCUCCCCACUGAUUAACCUACAAUCCCUUAUAAAGUAG